UAAUCCGCCUGGAAUCAGAAGAAGUGGGCAGAAGAAAAUGGCGGCGUCCAUACUGGUCCAGAGGACGGCAGCGUUAUGUGGGACUUUUAAGGGAAUUUCAGUGUCCAAAGCUGUUCGUCCUGUGAACAGUCAUUAUGGGUUUAUGUUGCAGACUGCCUGCUAUAACCCCAGACCGCUGAGGCUGAACCUCCGGGGGCCCUACAUUCCCGACAAAGACAGUAUUAAAACCCCGGAGUGGCAGAAGACGGCUCGGUAUGACAGGAAGCUGUUCGGCCGCUUCGGCUCAGCCUCGCACAUCGACCCUGCGUCUCUGUGGCCAUCUCAUGAGGAGCUGGAGAAAAUCAUAGCGGAGGAAAAACAGUGGCACCCCCCUUUGGAAGUGAUGCUGAAGAACAUAGAAGCCAAGGAGAAGGAGGAAACCGAGAAGCGGCUCGCAAAAGAAAAACUCAUUGCAGCAAACAUGGCCAAGAUGCCCAAGAUGAUCGAAGACUGGCGCAGAGAAAAGCGCGAGACCAAACGAAAGCUAAAAGAAGAAAAGGCUCAAAAAGCAAAGCUACUGGCUGAGGCACGGGAGCGCUUUGGUUACAGCAUGGACCCCCGCAGCCCCAAGUUCCUGGAAAUGGUCGCAGAGAUAGAGAAGGAAGAGAAGAAGAAGAAGAAGCUGCUGAAGCGUCGAGUGAAGGAGGAGCAGGUAGCAGCACCGCCUGUUGCCCAGUCGUAGUCCUGGACUCAGCUGUAAUAAAAAAAAAAGAAAAAAGCUUUUGCUGCUUGAUUCUGAUUUAAUCAGUCAUGGCAGGAAUUGUAUUUAUUGUGCUGGAAAAUGGACUUCAAAGAACUUUGUGCAUUGGACCUGUAUGAGUGAGUCUGAGAAGCAGUUCAGUCUUGUUUUGUUAUCUGACACCAGUCUGGAUUAAACCCACCAUUUUCUUUCACGCUGGAAAACAAUUUUUCUUCUCUACAUUCUUCCUUCUUCUUCCCACUUCUUUUGAAUAAAAUAAAAUUGUUCCAAACCA